ACCUCCCAAAUAAAUAGGAACCUUUUCUCCACCAAAAGCCUCAGACAAACUUUGAGAUUGAACUUGCUGCUGAGAGGUCAACUGACAACUCUAGCCAGAAUGAGAUCCCACACUGCUCUUCUGCUGGUCUCUCUGCUGGUGAUCUAUCACUCGGUUUAUGCAGCUAUCCUAGAAACCAACGGUUCCUAUAAGAGCUGCAGAUGCACAAAGCAGACUUCAGACUUUAUAGCACCAAGAAGAUAUGAAAGUAUUGAGAUCAUUCCUUUUGGGGGUGCCUGCCGAACCACAGAAAUUAUACUCAAACUAAAAACAGGGCAGAAACUGUGUGUGAAUCCCAAGGCCCCCUGGAUGCAGAAAUUGCUGACUAAGAUACGUAACCAAAAUGAACAAGCAGCUUCCUCACACAAAGAAUAGAAGAUUAAACAACUUUAGAAGG